CGCAUGUGUGCAAGAGUCUUGGCUCUUUGUCCUGAGCCCAAGAUUACACAGCUCCUGGGACCCAAGGAGGUCAGGAGAGAUCACCUUCUCUCUGCUCCCUACUUGGCUCACCAAAGCCUUCAAGAGUUUUCCAUCCUUUCUCCGGCACACAAUAUUUUGGGGAAGCAGAAACAAAACUCUUCCCAAUGAAGAGAACUCACCUGCUUGUUGUGGGGGUCUAUCUACUGUCCUCCUGCAGGGCAGAAGAGGGGCUUAACUUCCCCACCUAUGAUGGCAAGGACCGGGUGGUGAGCCUUUCUGAGAAGAACUUCAAGCAGAUUUUGAAGAAAUACGACCUGCUCUGCCUCUACUACCAUGAGCCAGUGUCUUCAGAUAAAGUGGCACAGAAACAGUUCCAACUGAAGGAGAUUGUGCUGGAGCUUGUGGCCCAGGUCCUGGAACAUAAGGAUAUAGGCUUUGUGAUGGUGGAUGCCAAGAAAGAAGCCAAGCUUGCCAAGAAACUGGGUUUCAAUGAAGAGGGAAGCCUGUACAUUCUCAAGGGGGAUCGCACAAUUGAGUUUGAUGGCGAGUUUGCAGCUGAUGUCUUGGUGGAGUUUCUUUUGGAUGUGAUCGAAGACCCGGUGGAGAUCAUCAAUACCAAGCUGGAAGUCCAGGCCUUCGAACGCCUCGAGGACCAGAUCAAACUCCUUGGCUUUUUCAAGAGUGAAGACUCAGAAUAUUACAAGGCUUUUGAAGAGGCAGCUGAACACUUUCAGCCUUAUAUCAAGUUUUUUGCCACCUUUGACAAAGGGGUUGCAAAGAAAUUGUCCUUGAAGAUGAAUGAGGUCGAUUUCUACGAGCCGUUUAUGGACGAGCCCGUGACCAUCCCCAACAAACCUCACACAGAAGAUGAGAUUGUGGAGUUUGUGAAGGAACACCAAAGACCUACUCUCCGUCGYCUGCGCCCAGAAGAUAUGUUUGAAACAUGGGAGGAUGACUUGAAUGGGAUCCACAUCGUGGCCUUUGCAGAGAGGAGUGACCCAGAUGGCUAUGAGUUCCUGGAGAUCCUGAAACAGGUGGCCCGGGACAACACUGACAACCCUGACCUGAGCAUCGUGUGGAUCGACCCAGAUGACUUUCCUUUGCUUGUUGCUUACUGGGAGAAGACUUUCAAGAUUGAUCUAUUCAAGCCACAGAUUGGGGUGGUGAAUGUGACAGACGCGGACAGUGUCUGGAUGGAGAUUCCAGACGAUGAUGACCUGCCCACAGCGGAGGAGCUGGAAGACUGGAUUGAGGAUGUGCUUUCUGGAAAGAUCAACACUGAAGAUGAUGACAACGAAGACGAAGAUGAUGACGAUGAUAACAACAAUGACGAGGAGGACGAUGAGGAUGACGAUGAUGAUUCUGAUGAAGAGGAGAAUGAUGACAGUGAUGAUGACGAUGAUGAAUAGCUCCGACUCCAAGUGAUUCUGGAUGAAGACAAAAAUCCCAGCCACCUCCAACCACAUGAUGGCCAGGGUGGCCGAGAGCAGCCCCGCCUCACACCUAGCCGACUCUGUUCCUUUUCCCAACAAUGUCUCCCACACCAUCAGGAGCAGUACAGUUCAGCAGACGCCUUUUCAAAUCCAGCAGUCCAACUCAGCAGGUGACAGGAGAGGCAUGUUMCAUGUUGACCUGUCCUGACUGUCACACAACAGUUCUGGUUCUUUCCUAGACCAUCCAGGGUCUCAGCCAUGCCUGAAUCUGGCAGUCUGGGCAGAACCAUCUCCUAACACCUCUCCUUAAGUUUACUUGUCACCUUUGACUGUGCCGGUAACAGACAUGACCGUUGGCUAAUUCACAAGCACGGUGUGACCUUGUCAUCAGAGCCCAGGGAGGGCACACUAUUUAUCAAUUCAGCUCUCAGACCUAGAACAACGGUGGACUCUGACUGGAGCCCUUGGAUGGCUAUUGAGAGGCCUCGGGACUUCUGUUUGGGUGUCACUGUCAUUUCUAGGCUGUUCGGAUGCUGGGGCGGGAGGUUGCUUUGCUCUCUGAACUUCCUACCAGGUGACAAGUCUCACGUAUUCACCAGCAGUGGGGGAGAAGGGAAGAGACCGAAGGCUCAGAGGCUCUUUAUUUUUCUCCUGGGAUUGGGCUCAUGUCUUUGCGUGGAUCAGUUGGCCCCUUAGUCUGAGCAGGGCAUUGAAUACCCCUUCUCUGUGCUGCUAGUGAGCCUCCCCAUGUAAAGGUCGCUUUAUCCAGUGGUCAAUUUAUCAGCACUCCCACAGUUGACCAGGGCAAUAAAAUAAUUGGAGUUCAUAAUGAUGCCCUGAGGCCAUGGGGAAACGGGUGGAAAGAAAAAAACAAGACCCAAAGUGCCUUCUGAACUGUCUGAAAGUUACGUUAUGCUUGAUAGGUUUAGUAUUCAGUGUGCAGUACAAUUUCUAAUUUAUUUUCUCAAUCUGUUAACAAAUAUAAGAUAGUACGCAAAUUUUUUGAAAUUAGGGCAAUCUUUUUGUGGAAUAGUAGUAACUAAUGGUCAUUAAACU